AUGCAGAGUCUGGCUAUAGGCUCUGCACUGUAUAUGAUGUGUGGAUGUAUUUUUGUAUGAGACGAUGAUGGAGUUAUUCCUGAUAGUGAUGAGCUGAGCUGUGCAUCUAUCCAACUGAGUUAGUGAGUGCAAGAUAACAUUAAUUUUGAAUAAAUUGAUUAUUGUGUUCAAAUUCCUACUGUGCUUGUGGGAGAUCACCACUCUGUGAAUAACAAAAACAUCUAGCAACACUGGGGAGACAUUUGGAGACCCGUGCAAUUAAAAUGUCAGAUGUAGAUGAAGGCUCCUUUGUUGAGUCUGAUGAAGCAGGCCCACAAUGGGAGGAUGGAGGUGACCCUUACGUGGUCAGCUUCGACGAGGAUGAUCAACACGAGACCAGUUCAGAUGGAUCCAGCAGUGAUUGCGGCGAUGUCCUUCUUCCGUUCGAGAGUGAGCACCCCAACAAGUACGUUCCUUGGGCGAUGAAGCAGUAUCCGCCAGACGUUAUCGAGGCAUGGACCAGGGUUCACAACUGUACACUGUCUGGCAACCAUCAACUUGCCUCAGAGUUCUUGGAGAAGUUGUCAAAAGAAGUACUGGACCAACCAAACCAUGAAGGAGAGACACUGCUCUACAUGGCUGCCUUCAGAGGACACACCCAUAUGGUCUCCACUCUGCUCAAGGCAGGAGCGAACCCACACAAAGGAGAUGAGUUCUUUGACAUGACUCCGCUCUUUGUGGCUGUACAAAACUGCCACAUUGAGUGCGUCAACAAGUUGCUGGAGUACGUCCCUGUCAAUUUUGAGAACAACAGUGGUUUUACUGCCCUCUUCAAGGCAGCUCAGUUCGGACCGAAUAAAGCCAUGCUGGGAUUCAUCAGCCGACCUCCCCCGUACCUGCAGGAAAUACUGCAUGAAGCGAGCCCUCAGAAUGAAGUUAUUCUUGAUACUCUGCUUGAAAAAGGAGCCAAUGUGAACUUUACGUCUAAGGUUGGACUCACCCCACUCUUGGUGGCCACACGAGAAAACAAUGUGUACGCUGUGAGGAGGUUACUGGAGUGUGGAGCUGAUCCCAUGGCCCUUUACAAGCAUCCUAUCUCCUCCAUGAAAGCACCUCUCUCAGCCCUUGACAUGGCCGCCGAAGACGAGAGCACGGAAUCAUUAAGAGUCAUCCUAGAAAAAUGCAGUGAUAAUAAGCCCUUGAUGUCCAGAAACAAUGCCAUGUGCUUGGCAGUUCGCAAGGGGAAUCUACCCUGUGUUCAAGCACUUAUUGAUGCAGGAUUCGAUGCCGAUAUGGGUGUGAAGCUACCACCCACAGAACUUGAGCAGUUCCGAUCAUCGCAGGAUGCAGUACCCAUCCUCACCUGCAUUGACAAGGUGAACCUUGAACUGGUGAGGUAUCUCCUGUCCAGAGGCGCAUCACCUCUUUAUUGCAAUCUUCCUAUCGCUGAGCCCCUGGAUCGGUGUCCUCUCUACAAUGCUUUCCUGAAGAGCAACACACUCCUGGAGAUCCUCCUCAUGAACUGUGCUGACAUGAAAUCUUGCCCAACACUCAGAGACAUCUCUUUUCCCAUCACUGAACUCGGUGUAUGGGAGCAGUCACCGCCUUGCUUUGAACUUGUAUUGCAGGCUGGAUUUAGACUUGAUUUAGACUCUAUGACCUUUGAUGAUAUUCGUUUGCACCGAAGAACUGUCAAGGAAGUGGCCAAGAUUUGGUGGACGUAUACUGAUGAGAUUCCAAGGAAUGAACAUCUUAUUGAAAUUCUUGGUACCUUACCUGAAAUGCCUCGGUCGUUGGCCGAUCUGUGUCGAGUGACGAUACGAAGGAGCAUCUGCUUUCCCAAGCUGGCCAAGCCUUCAGAGUCUGUGCAGCUCUUGCCAAUACCCCAACACUUGCAGGACUACAUUGGACAUGCGUGAAAGGUAUGGAGUCGGGUAUGAGUCAAACUUCAACACUUGCAGGACUACAUCGUACAAGCAUGAAAGCAAUGGAGUCGGGUAUGAGUCAAACUUCAACCUUGGUACAUCUGGAAUACAUCUAUUUUAUUUGCUGCUGUAGGGCUUGUUGGUUCUAUUGACUGGCAGCCUCCUAAGGUUGCUUUUUGUGGUCAGCCUUUACCAUAUAGCGGUCCUCGCCCAUACAGUUUCAAGCUGUUACAUCAUGUCCAUCUAGAGGAAAAGAGAACACUACUCUACAUCAGCUUUCCUUUAUACUGGGUGGAAAACAAAUGAUUGCAUUUCAUUCAAAAGGUGAGGGGCUUUAACCAAAGAUGAAAUGUCACCAGAUCGAACCUAGGGUCACCCCUUUAUCUGGUUCUGUGUCCUUUUAUGGCCGUCUUGACAACGAAUGAACCUGCACCAGGGUGUUGAUCAUGAACUUCCUGUGAUCACCAUCUGUUGGCAGAAUUGUUAGUCCAUCUCAGGCUUAGAAUCAGCUUCUGCCUGAUGGCCUUGCCCAGUCAUUCAGUCUCUUUUUUGAAAUAUUUACCUAUUUUAAGGAAUCUAAAUUGUACUGAAAUUAUUAGCAUGUGAAUGGCCGUUAUCAUAUUUGUCAUAAAGUUGUGGCGAUUGUUUUUCAUAUUUUUUUGUUUCGUAAAGGGACUUUGAUGUGUGAAAGGUUCUCCUAGAUGUUUAAGACCAGACUGAUUGGGUAUUGUGUUAGCCAGAACAAACCGGAAUUUAACAAGCAUUUGUUGUUUAACAAAAGUCAUUAUUAGAGAUGACAUCAUAUGGACUGUAAGAGGUGAAGAGGUGAAACAAAGGAGGGCCUAAAGUCUACCAAUCAACCAAAAUAUUUUGUUCUCUAUGUAAAGGGUUCCGCGUGGCUACACUAUUAGAAUGUGAGCUUCAAAUAUUACUUCUGUGAAGAGAUAAAGCAUGUUUAAAUACACUCUUGAUGAACAUAAAAGUGACUUGCGAGUAGACUACUUCAAGUUUCAAGUUUAUUUGUUCCACAUUUCACAAAACAGACUUUACACAAAUGAAAAAAUUGGAACAUAAUAUGAAAUAUAUAAUCAAGUCUUUGUAAAGACGUCAAAAUUAAUUGUUUUAAAUUGUAGGUUAUACAGGGUGAAAUGUGAGGAACCUAUUAAAAAAGGUUAGCUUGUAGGUUAUAGGUUCCCCUAAAUAAAAACUAACAUUUGAUUGCAGACGUGAAGCACCUGGCCUGUAUGCACUUGCACCAAAUAGGGCUCUAUAGGGUUUCAUGCUUGCAGUUCUAUUUUUUCUUCUUCAUUCUCUUUAAUAUCUGCUGGCUAACAAUGUAUAGAAUGCCAGGAAACAAGGUGAGUUUUUUGUAGGUUGAUUAGAUAGAUUCUAGCCGUACAGAAAUUAUAAUUUUGGGUGAUUGGUACACUUUGAACCCAAUUGUUUUCACUCACCAUUGAAAUGCUUGAUUGUUAACAAACUGAAUAUAAGGGUUGAGAUGUUAUGGUAAUGACAUAGUAAUUCAGAAAGCAGGUCAAAGAUUGUCAUCAUGUAUUAGUACUUUUAGAUUAGUUUAGAGAUAAAAAGUUAGAAAACAUGAGGGGUGAAGAAAAGAAUCUUUUGUAAUGGUGCUAUAUUUGGAACAAAAGUUUGGAUUAAGAAGGGUCAGACAUAGGAACUCAGAAAUUAAAAUUUAAUGAAGCAUAUCGGUGCAAUAAAGGCUAAGAAAGUAGAUUUUCCCAUAUUACUCCUCUAUAACUUAUUGAGGUUAUUUGUUUUGACAUUUUAUUUGCCUUGAAAUCUUGUACAUGUAUGUCUUCUUUACAAUGCGUCAAGAUGUAAAAUAAAAUUGAAUUUCACGUACUAUUGAAUUUGAUGAAAAUAUUUGAUAUGAUUUAAGAUAUAAUUGUGUCCACUACACUGGUGAGUAAAUCAAAAGGUUCAUGGUUCAAGUCUCACUGCAGCACCAAUGUGCCAUUCUCUACCCUAGUGUACGUGUGGGACAUAAAUGUAGCUUUUGUUAUUCAUCUUCUUAUUAUAUUAGUAUGAAUGCAGAGAUUCAAUGACUCUUCUUGUUUAAAAUUAAAACAAUAGUGUGCUAUUAUUGAGAGAAGACCUAAGUUAUCAUAUUACCCAGAUAAAUGUGUGUUAUGUAUACUAGUAUGACACAAGUUCAGUAUACUA